AUGGACAUGUACACAGGCGUAGCCCCCUACCUCUAUGGUGUGAUUCACCGACUCAAGCAUCGGUGGGGAUAUCGGAGGGUGGAGGUUGAAGAAGAAGAAGAGCAUGGUUUGAUUAAUCGGAGGGUGGAGGUUGAAGAAGAAGAGCAUGGAUUGAUUAAUCGACGGUUCAGAGUUGUGGGAAUUGCAGUCAUCAUUUCGAGGAGGUUGAAGAACAUUAUGUCUGGUCAUAUGGUUUGA